AUGGUAACACAGCACCUUCCUUCCCGCAGACCGACGACGGCGACGCUGGUGGCGCUGCUGGUGCUGGCCGCCACUUGCUGUCGGAGCGUCGACGGCUUCUCCUUCGGCCAACUUUUCCCGGCCUCAAGACGUGGAGUGCGGGGCUCCCUCCUCAACAGCUUCUUCCCCAACACAGCCACGAAGAAUGCUUUGAAGGAGGCGGUUAGGCAAGCCGCCGCGAUAGAGACGACGACGACGACGACGACGACGACUCCUGCCACCACCACCACGUCAUUAGUAACGGUGACGACACCAGAGGUGAAGAAACCAACGCAUCCAGUCACCAACUCUCCCAUCUACUACAUCCGUCUACCUCCCUCUCCCUACGUCUACAUGCCUGGGCUCGGCUACGUCUCUCCGAACAACAAUCAAUUUAACUUCGUUCGUCCAGACGUCGAUUUCAUCAACAACGGCAAACCCUCAAACAUCUUUCACUUCAAGGCCCCAACAACCACAACCAAAGCAGCUCCAACCACUGUAUCUACCACCACAGCCGCUCCGACCACCACAACUACCGCUGCUACUACGACCACUUCGCCUUCUUCGACGACGACAAAGCCUCCAAAGCCCUCCCCGAUGAAGAAGCCCAGCCCAAUCACGUGGCUUCCUGGUCCCUGGUUCUUCAAUGGACGACCCAACAACUUAUUCAUCUUCAGGUCCCCCUACAACCCGUCCCACUUCGAUAAGCUUCACCAGACCUACAGCAAGCCAGGUAUCUACCUCAAGUAGACCUGCGGCCCUCGUAAUGAAAGCAGGCCGUCUCGUGGGAGAUGUAAACAGCCACUGGGAAGGCAUUCAUUUGCUUCACUGGUGUAAGCAAUCUCUUGGCGCGUUUAAGAAUGUCUGUGUUUGGACAAAGAUACUCAUUGGGAAUAUGUAAAGCUCUUUCAUUGAUGUAAAGAGGCACCUUAGUAGAUGUAGACAGUUUACAAUUUCUUUGGUAAAUAUCAACAACUUUCUCCAAGUAUUUUUGAGUUUUCUGCUACUUCCCUGACGCAGCCCUUUAGUAGAUGUCAACAUUAAGCAUAAUUGCUAGUUGACGGAGGAGCGAUUAAAACUAUCGGAUGAAAGAACUGCGGUAUGUAUCUCAUAAAAAACUUCAGUAUACUUUAAGAAUACUUCCUAAAGUAUACUUGAAUCCUUUGGUCGAUGAUUUCAGUCUUAUUUAAAGUUACAAAUGAUAAUCUAAGAUAACCUUUGUUACCUGUAAAGUUAAUGUGUGAGAAUUUCAAUAUUUGCAGAGAAUUCAAUAUUGAGAACUGGGAAAAUUAAUCGACUGACACUUUUUUCUAUAUAGAAAUAAUAUAGAGAUAAUAUAGAAUAUCGUAAAUCCAUGAAAUCUACGCAAAGUCACUCUAAGGGUUUUGAAAUAUAAAUGCUCGUAGACUGAACAGUCAAACUACUCGAGAUAUAUUAUACAGUGAUGAAUCUCUUUGAAAAUGUAUUUGAUAAUGCUCAUAUCUCAUAUAAUGCUAUUUAUGUGUAGUCUAGACUUUCCGAAACAUAAUAUAUAACUGUAUAUUUAUACGUACAUGUGAGCGAGUCGCUGACUGGGUAAUCACGAUUUUAAUAUAUUUGAUAAAGCUGUUUUGAAAUAGUUUUAUAUGCCUCGCCAUUCGGAUCCAAUUAAAUCUUAUAAUGGGAUAAUCUUAUAAUGGGAUAAUUAAUAUUAAAUUAUUUUUCAAUAAUUUCCCCAGACGACAUAAGGUUGAUCAGCAAUGGAAAAAUUGUGUCAUAAUUCAAAUUUCGUAAAUUUUUAAUAAUUGUUCAAAAUACUCCAUAAUCAGUGCUAAAACAAAAAACAAAUUACUAAGCUAAAAAUUGGCUACAAAAAUGUAAAUAAAAGAUCAAAAGUUUAUAUAAAUCAAUUCCAGUAGAAAAGACCAAUGUAAAAAACUUGAUAUAAAGAUAUAAAAGACCUAACAGCCCCCUUUGCACGACACGAUAUUAAGGUGUAAACAACGGAGCCGAGGAGUUGAUCCGCUCGGGGUCUCAUUUGACCAACAUGAAUCGAAUCCAAAACGUUUUAAGGUCUCGUCUAAGGGAGGUGGAAGUCAGUAGAGUGACGUCUCUGAGUGUGAGGGGGGGGGGGUGACUCCAGGCUUCAGAGUGAUCACGCUGUUACGGUGGACGCAGCUGGCCUAUGGUGGUGGGGGGACAAAGCUGUACGGUAGGAGGUAUGUUCAUAGAUAUGUUCAACCGGUAUGUUCACAGAUGUGUAGGUUAAGGUAUUGUGAGGCGUUCCACACGUACCGAACAAAGCAGCUCGAAGUACACUUAGAAGCACAGACUUCACUUCUAAUGUAGUGUAGUCUGGUACAAUUUUCUUCCUGUAGUCUGGUACAAAAGUCUUCGUGAAUCUGGCUCCUGGUCUGAGGUGAACGCGGUAAAACUGUUGUUGUUUUAGAUUCAGCUACUGGGAACAAAAGUGCCAAGUAGCACGGGCUAUGGUGAGUCCGCGCGGUAAAAGAUGGCUAUCUUUUAAAUAGGUUUCAGUAGUACUGAUGAUGGAGUAUUAUCUCUGAAAAAUAUAUUCUUUUGUAAAAGGGAAAAGAAUCGAUUAAUAUGCUCGUCUUUUCGCUUGCACUAAUGUUUCUCAUCAAAAUUUCUACAAGGAAAAUCUAUUUCUGAAAUAAAUGAACAAAGGUUUACAAGGAACCUUAAUAGUUACUCUUCUAGACAAAAUCUUACAUGGGGUAUUGUUUUAGAUUUUUGUUAUUAAGACCAGACUGAAUCAUUUAUGCAUUUCGAUAUUUUUAUCUUUCUUGUAUUGCAAUUAUGAUUAUUAUGAGAUGAAACGAAGAGAGAUAAUUUCUAGAGUUAAUAUAUUCAAGAGCGCAUCGCACUGAAGUAUAUUAUUAUUGUUGCAUAUCAUUAGAAUUAGUCCAUUCCUAACACCAGUGCUUCGGUGACGACCUAAUGGCGUCACUGUUAUGGUGUGAAUAUGACGUCACUGUUCUGGUGUGUAUAUGACGUCACUGUCUUCGUUAAACCCCUUUCACUACUGUUGCUCAUUGUGUAAUUGUGACGCGUUUGUUACGUCACCGUGUUUGUUAGCCCUUUUGUGGUACUGUGGUGCAUUUAUAACAUCCCUGUUCUCGUAUACCUGUGACACAGCUAACUCGAGUAGCCAUGACGUCAUUGUCCUGAUGUCUCUAGCUUGCUCGAUUCAAGACGUAGCAUAACGCACCUGUUCUGAUGUCACAAGCUUGCUGGAUACGUGACGUAUCCAUGACCUCAUCUCCCUAAAGAGUCAAAGACAGUCAGAAACCUUGACACACUCAGUGUGUUAACGUGUCAACUGUUGAAUUAGUUGUAGUCAUCAUUAAGCUGCUGGCCUCAGAAUAACUAAGUGGGUCUAAGGCGUGUGCUUACGAGUACCCAGUGUACAGGUUCGAAUCCUCUUCAUGGCACCUAAUUUUCUCCUUUUUUUUACAUAUUUAGAACAGUUAUUAUAUGCCAUUUUGGGUGACUCAUAUUUGUGUGGUGUUUCUGUGUUAUAAUGAUAUAAUAGUUGACUGUCUAUUUGUCUGUUUUUAUCUGUCUAUUUCUAUUUCUCAACCAUCUUUUUUCUUACUGUAAUUAAAGAACCUUUUUUUAAUUUAGAUUAUCACACACAUAUAUUGGCCUCCAGUUAUUGCUUAGUGUAUUUAAAUGUGUAACUUUCCUUGCAUAGUCCUGAACCUUGAGGAGGUGUGGAAGUGCAUGGACAUUAUAUGAUGCUCAAGGUGACUUUUUUUUUUGAGGGGAGGUUAUUAUGAAGCACUUUGAAUUACUUAGGUUGGACAAAACCGGGUUUGACGUAGUCUGGACAAAUUAAAGUUUUGCGUAGCCUGGACAAAACAGAGAGAGGAGACUCACUCAGAGAGGAGGAACAAGAGAAGCUCUUUCUUGUCUGAACUCCUAAUUUUGUUGUAACUUUUAUCGAUUAUUAACCUGAGUUACAAAAAGUUAUUUAGACCAAGAAAGUCUUGAAAAGACUGUGUCUUCAAGAUUUACUUAAAUAUUACAAUGGCAUUGAGAGAUGUCUAAAUUAUUUUGCAAAGACUAAUGAUUUAUUUAAAUGUAUUUCCAAUGUUUAUGAAAGCACUAAAGCUAGUUUGUUUAAGUGUUUAAGUUUUCUGCCAUUUUUUUCGGCACUGUGUAAGCCUGUGUUUUCCUUCGAGAGUUCUCCAAAUGUUUCGACUUGCCCACAAUAAUUUAUAUGAUUACGCUAACGUUUGCAAGAUCUAGAUUGCUGAACUCUAAUAGUUCAUAAAAUCAUUAGUUUUAUUGCUGAAUAUUCCUUAAUUAAAUUUGUUCAGCAAUUUAUCUCAAUAAUUCAAAAAUGUUGUACAAGGGCCUGUUCUCAAAAUUUAUGAUAAUUUUUUUUUAAAUAAAAUGGAAAACUUUCUACACAAAAUUGUUAAAUGCAAUGCAGAAUUUUCAGUUUUGUUUUUGCAUGAACCAGUCAGCUGGUUUAUAUAAACUUGUACAAGACAGUUAUACAAAGCUCAAAUUGGUGCUUCAAUAAGCCACUCGAUCAACCAGCCUUUGAUAUAAUUAAGUAUGAAUACUGCUCGGUCAUUUAAUCGAUUAUCUCAUUCACGUUAGGUAAACUUAACCUUUUAGUUCAUGAAAUAAUCAUAUUUUUAUAAUUAUAUAGUACUUAUAAAGUCAAAGAAAAUAAUAAAUGAUCUUAAUAUAUUAUUUACUGGGAAUAAAAAUUAACAUCAAUAUUUAAAUAUUUGAAGUAUUUAAAAUAUAUAGUUUUGACUUCGCUGUAAGAUAGGACUAAAUUUUAUUUAUUAUCAGAUUUUGUAUGUUGCCAUACACUGAAUUUCUCGCUUGUGCCUCCUGUGUGCUUUGCGUUCUAUGGAGAAGUGUAACAAGUGCUUCUGUGUGCUUGCCCAAUAUAUUUAUUAAUGUAAUCUUGUCAUAAACAUUUCAGACCCCCCUAUGCUGUUACGUGUAUUUCAGACCCUCCCCCCUGCUGUUAUUGCCAUUGUUAAAAAUGUUACGUUUAAUAUAUUUGUAAAUAUUUCUGUUGUUAUUAUUUAGUGACGUAGAGUAUGCUUUUUUGUUUGUUUUACAGUGUUUAUUUAUUCUAAUGUUCUCUCUUUUUCUUCUCGAGUUCUCUCUCGUGUUCAUUCUACUCUCGCUAUCACCCAUUUUCUUUUUGUCUCUUUCUCUUUCGUCUCACUUUUUCUUUUGUCUUCCCUCGUGUCUUUGAGUUUCUGUCGUGUUCUCUUGGACCCCAAAUGUGAGAAUUUAAUAAAAUACAUUGAGUAUA